AUGCGUGCGUUGGGACCCGAAAGCGAGGAGACGGACACGGAGCGGAAGGUGAUCGGCCAGGGCAGUGGCUACAAGGUGAAGGAGCUGGAGGACCUCUCCGAUGGUGACCUGCUGACCGUCGGCGGCAAGGAGGUCGAGCCGCGCUUCGAUCCGCAGGCGCCAGGGGCGCUCGUCAUGCCCCGGCCGUCCGCUCAGUAUCAGUGGAAGCACAACUCGGAGGGGCGCCCGCUGGUGGACGUGGUGGUGGACCCGCACGUGUCACGGCACCUGCGGCCCCACCAGCGGGACGGCCUGCUCUUCCUCUACCAGUGCGUCAUGGGCUUCACCUCGGAGCUCGGCCGCGGCGCGGUGCUGGCUGACGAGAUGGGGCUCGGCAAGACGCUGCAGUGCAUCGGGCUCGUCUGGACGCUGCUGAAGCAGGGCCCGUUCGGCGGCGAGCCUGCCGUCCGCCGCGUGCUGGUCGUCACCCCGUCCAGCCUUGUCGGCAACUGGGUCAAGGAGUUCCACAAGUGGCUCGGCAAGGAGCGGCUGUCCGUGUUCGCCGUCGAUCAGACGCACUCCGUGCGGGAGUUCGUCGGCGGCCGGCUGUCGCCCGUGCUGAUCGUCUCGUACGAGAUGGCCGUGCGCAACCUGGAGCGGCUGCAGCAGUGCCAGUUUGAUCUGAUGGUCUGCGACGAGGGACACCGGCUCAAGAACUCCGCCAUCAAGGCCGCCACGGCGCUGUCUUCGCUCUGCUGCCCUCGCCGGAUCAUCAUGACUGGCACCCCCGUGCAGAACGACCUGCUGGAGUUUUUCGCGCUGGUCCAGUUCGUGAGCCCUGGGGUCCUGGGCUCCGUCAGUGAGUUCCGGCGCGACUUUGAGCGGCCGGUGGUGGCGGGGCGUCAGCCGGACGCGUCCGAGGCGGCGCGAGCUCUGGGCGAGGAGAGAGCCGCGCAGCUGGCCGCCGUCACCGACAGGUUCAUCCUGCGCCGCACGCAGGAGGUGCUGGACCGGUACCUGCCGCCCAAGGUGGAGACGGUUGUCUUCUGCCGACCCUCGCCGCUGCAGGUGGAGCUGUACAGCCGGGUGCUGGAGUCGCGCGAACUGCGUCAGCUGCUGUCGGCCGGGAGCUCGGACGCCGGCGCCGGCCACCUGGUCUUCAUAUCGCUGCUGCGCAAGCUCUGCAGCCACCCCGCGCUGCUCCUGGCCGCCGAGCAGCAGGAGUCGUGCGCGCUCAACAGUCUGCAGCUGAGGUUUCCGGAGGGCUUCAGUGAGGCCCGGCUAUCGGCGACCGACUCUGGCAAGAUGGCGGUGCUGGCGAGCCUGCUGCACGCCCUGCGGCGGGCCGACCGCCGCCAGAAAAUCGUGCUCAUCUCCUACUACACACAGACCCUUGAUCUGCUAGCGAAGCUGUGUCAGCAGCAUCAGUUGAAUUUCCUUCGCUUAGAUGGCAGCACUCCCUCCACCAAGAGACAGUCGCUGGUUGAUCAGUUCAACAGCUCAUACUCAACAGAGGCCGUGUUCCUGCUCUCGGCCAAGGCGGGCGGCGUGGGCCUGAACCUGGUGGGCGCCUCGUCCAUCGUGCUGUUCGACCUCGACUGGAACCCUGCCAACGACCUGCAGGCGCUGGCCCGCGUCUGGCGCGACGGCCAGAGGCACACCACCCGCGUGUACAGACUGCUAACGACGGGCACCAUCGAGGAGAAGAUCUACCAGCGCCAGGUCAGCAAGCAGGGCCUGAGCGCGGCCGUGGUGGACGCCGACCAGCGCUCCGCCGCCCACUUCAGCCGAGACGAGCUGCGGGACCUGUUCUCGCUGGAGGAGGACGCCGAAUGCUGCACGCACGAUCUGCUCUCGUGCGGGUGUGACCUGGCCGGCGGGCCGUGCCCGGUGUCGGCCCCUGCCGCCGAGCAGCCGCUCCAGCGGCCCUGCCAGCUAGCCUGA